UAACACAUCUUCAACAUUCGUGCACUGUUUUUACUUCUCUCUCUACCUUUAAAUUUUCUCUUUCCUAUUCUGCAAUUCUUGUUUUGAUUCGGAUUUUAGAGGAUUAUUAUUACAGUACAGUUAGGCCCUUCCAGCCCAUCUUUUUCAUUCCUAGCAUUAUUCGAUUUCGUCUCCGCCUCUCUUUCUUUUUUCUUUUUAUCUUUUUGUUCCUCAAAUCUCAUCUCCUAAUUUAUUUUUCUCUGGUUUUGAUCCUAAAAAAGGCAGCCCAAGAAAUGAAGAAGUUUAUAUUGAAAUUGGAUUUGCAUGAUGACAAAGCUAAGCAGAAGGCUUUGAAGACAGUUUCUACACUCUCAGGGAUUGAUUCAAUUGCCAUGGAUAUGAAAGAACAGAAAAUGACAGUUAUAGGAACAGUUGAUCCUAUAACUGUAGUGAGCAAGUUGAGAAAAUAUUGGUCGACGGAUAUAGUUUCCGUCGGACCGGCGAAGGAGCCCGAGAAGAAAGAGGAACCGAAAAAGGAAGAACCAAAGAAAGAAGAAGAGGCUAAAAAAGAGGAACCAAAGAAAGAAGAAGAAGCAAAAAAAGAAGAGCCAAAGAAAGAGGAAGAAGGUAAAAAAGAGGAAGGUAAAAAGGAGGAAGAAGGUAAAAAAGAUGAACCGAAAAAAGAGGCGGCUCCGCCUCCCGACCCGGUUCUUGAGAUGGUUAAAGCUUAUAAAGCUUAUAAUCCUCAUCUCACAACCUACUACUAUGUUCAGAGCAUUGAAGAGAAUCCAAAUGCUUGUGCUAUAUGCUAAGGUAAAAAAAAUGUUUUAGCCUUUUUUUACUACUACUGGUGAAGGUUUUUGAUCUCAUCAGUACUCAAUGUUGUCUUUUAAGAGCUAAAAAUUAGCUAAGGAGGAGAGGAAAAACCUUGUAUAUAGAUGGUGAUGCCUCAUUCAUCUUAUUCAGAUCAUAAGUAAUGUGUAGAGAGAAUAAAGGAAAUUUUGAAACUUUGUUUAAUAUAGUUAUUAUAUCACCCAUACUCUUUGUUUA